CAAGCUCUACACCACCUGCUCGAAACCAUAGGGGGAGCCAUCCGAGCUAUCCGAGAGGCACAUGAUGAGUGGAACAUGUCAAUCGCCCAACCUCAUCUCGCCAAAGACGAAUAUAGUCUCUUUGAAAGUUUAUAGAUGGCACUGCAUCUCUCAAACUCUCUACUUUGAUUUCGGUUGCGAUUCAGAACAUUGCAGCCUUUAUACACUACACAAAAGCAACACACUUACUUCUCCCAUCAUGCAGACGUCCCUGGCUGCCCUUGUGGGCAUAUUCUUGAUCGCAAAUACGCUAGCUGCGCCAGUUGCUACUAAGGAGGCAGAGCCCUUCACCACUAUCAAGCGCGAGGAGGCAGAGCCCUUUACCGGUAUCAAGCGCGAGGAGGCAGAGCCCUUUACCGGUAUCAAGCGCGAGGAGGCAGAGCCCUUCACCACUAUCAAGCGCGAGGAGGCAGAGCCCUUUACCGGUAUCAAGCGCGAGGAGGCAGAGCCCUUCACAGGUAUCAAGCGGGAGGAGGCAGAGCCCUUCACAGGUAUCAAGCGGGAGGAGGCAGAGCCCUUUACCGGUAUCAAGCGCGAGGAGGCAGAGCCCUUCACAGGUAUCAAGCGGGAGGAGGCAGAGCCCUUCACAGGUAUCAAGCGCGAGGUGGCAGAGCCCUUCACAGGUAUCUAGCGCAAGGAGGCAGAGCCCUUGGCACAGGAGCACAAAUCAGAUCUGAAAAUUCACAUUCGUCUCCCAACUCAAACUUUCAUUCAACCCCAAGCGGUCUAUUGCCAGGGCCGACGUCUCUGAGGCAGAUAAGACGGAUGACCAUCGCUGUAGAUGAAGUCAGGACAGAAGGAAUCAGGAGAAUGAAAUAUUUCCAUAUAUACAUUCAUUACCUAAGAAUCGAUUUAAACACUUUAACUGUGGUUAAUUUUGGAUU